CUUCCACAACGCGGCUGAACCAGCGCAUCUCCAUGCACCACGUGGGAAUCAACGGCGACUGAAUCUCAUUCCACACUCUCGACCAAGAACAAGAAAGAAUGUCUUCUCAAGAAGGUCCGCAUUCGGUCUCCUUCGCCGGCUGUGGGUUCUUGGCCACCUACCAGCUGGGUGUGGCCCAGGGUCUGCUGACCCAGGCCCCCUGGAUCCUGCACGCCGCCCCCCGGGUGCUGGGGGCGUCUUCUGGCUCUCUGGUGGCCGCCGCCGUUGUUUGCGGAGUCAAGAUCCCGAGGAUGGUGGAAGAGCUCCUGCUGUUUGCCAGCCGGCUGAACGAGAUACCACUCGGACCUCUGAACCCCUCAAUCAACAUGGCUAAAUGGCUUGAGUACGUGCUCCGAAAACACCUCUCAAACGACUCACACCGAUUGGCCAACGGCCGGCUAGGUGUGGCGGUGACCCGGCUGCUUUCCAGUAAGAAAAUCAUGGUGACGGACUUCCACUCCAAAGAGGACCUGUUGCAGGCUCUGUCGUGCAGCUGUUUCGUCCCGGGGUACUGUGGCGUGGUUCCUCCUUCCUUCAAAGGGGUUCAUUACGUGGACGGCGGUUUCACGAGCAUGCUGCCCCAGCCAGAUCACUCCCUCAGGACCUUGACCGUCUCUGCGUUCUCCGGUGAGGUGGACAUCUGCCCCCAGAACGAGCCGAACACUCUGGACCUGGUCGUGAGCGGGUCGAUCAUGAAUCUGAACCAGGCCAACAGCCGUAGGCUGGUCAAUGCCCUCUACCCCAGCGAUGUAGAGGGUCUGGAAACGGCAUAUCACAAUGGAAUCAAAGACGCAAUUCACUUUCUCCAAAGCAGCGAUCUCUCCACGUUUCUGACCAGAGAGCACCUCUCCACUUUGAAUCGCUACAUCAGAAUGAAAGACGUGCUGCAUCUAGAAACCAACUGUAACGAGGAGGAGGAGGAGGAGGAGGAGGAGGAAGAGGAGGAAGAGGAGGAAGAAGAGAACGAAACUGGGGAGAAGGUCUGGAGGACAUCUCUUACCGAUGACGACAUGUGGUGGACGGGCAACAUGGUCGACAAAGAAUUCCCUGGCAAUGCAAGACCCUUGAAGCGGGAGGGAUUCCCUGAUCUGAACCGAGCUAUUCUGUUGUACCUGUGCUACAUGAGCGGAUUUGGUUUCCCAACCAUUGUGUCCUACCUGCUUCUACCGAUCAACAUUCCCUACUUCUACUACCGCAACAAGGAGACGGUGGUGUGGCUCUCCUGGGUGAUGCUGAGUGCUCUACAGUUGACCUUGUUUGUGCUCCAAAUGCUGUUCUUUAGCGUCCAGAAGAAUGUUAAGGAAAGAUUACUACCCGUUUUCACAGAGCUGCAGGGGCUGAACGUCCAAGCCGAAUACAAGAGCCCCAGGCCGAAUGAGAGAGGGGACUGGUAUUCGACGCUGGGAUUGCACUUCUUACACUCGACCCAGACUGAGGCGGUCAGCACCGAGUCCACCUCCUCCGUGGCUGACCAGGUCUCCUCCUCCGUAUGGCUCCAUCUGGAGUGUGAGAAGGAGGACGCGGAGCUGGUCAACGUACACAGGCGCUUCGCACGUGAGCACUCCAUCAUGGGAUAAGAACUCGCCCGAGACCGCCACCCUCGGGGGGCAGAAUAUUACCUCGGAGGCGUGGUUGGAAGUUUGGAUGUGUUUGUGAAGAUACGUAGGCUACUUCACAAAGUUUGAAGAGUUGUCAGUAAAGGAAGUGCAGGAGCAUUAGAGAUUAU